AUGUCGCACCUCGCUGUGGAAACAUGGACGUGGCUUUCACGCAGGUUGCUGCAGGGUUCAUUCAAGAAGCUGCAGGCCGACGAUGCCCUCAUGAUGUUUGCCAUGCUCUGCGACACUGUAUUGAUCGUGGGCAUGAACAUUAUCGCACGCACCAACAGUAACCUGAUCGCACCUGGUACUGACCUCAAUUUCACUGCCGAAGACAUCGCCGAGCGCGAGUCUGGCUCGAAAUGGGUCCUCGUCGUUGAACAGAUGCAGUGCGCCGUCAUCUGGUCGGUAAAGGGCUGCUUCCUCAUCAUGUACAACCGCUUGACCAUGAGUCUUAAACAGAACCUGGCAGUCAAAAUUGUUGCCGGCUAUGUCGCCGUUGGCUUCAUCGUCAUGGAAAUCCUCUAUUUUGGUGUCUGGUGCAGACCAUUCACCCAGUACUGGGCUGUCCCCCCGGACAACAUUCAAUGCUCGGCUGCCACGAAUCACCUUAUCACCAACGCCGUCAUCAACAUUUCGUCGGAUGUCAUGAUCAUUCUGAUCCCGAUGCCGUUGUUCCUCCAGUCCCAGAUUCCCCAGAAGAAGAAGAUGAUCCUGUGCGGCGUCUUCGCCCUAGGUGCCUUCACUAUUCUCUCGGCCAUUCUCAACAAAUAUUACAGUUUCAACGAACCCUUCGGCUCGGCCUGGACGUUCUGGUACAUUCGCGAGUCCUCCACCGCCCUCAUCGUCGCCAACUUGCCCAUGACCUGGACAAUUCUCCGACGUCUCUUCCACCUCAAGUCCUUCAACGGCAAGUCGUCGAACCAACGCUCUGGCUAUCCUUCUUCAACAUCGCACUUCCGCUCGAUGGCCUACAGCCGCAACCCUCAAUCCACGAUACGCGGCGGCGAUCACGACCUCGACCCAUCUGCGAGCGAGGAACAGAUCAACGGCGGAUUCGGCGGCAUCCCCCUCAAGAUCUACCAACAACAUAAGGUGGAAGUGACUUCUCAUGAAGUGGGCCCACACGAUGGGCGCCGUUCGUCCGACGGCUCUCUUCGGGAAGGCGUGACGGUCACUGUCACGACAGGCCACAGAUCGGAUCACGAUACCCGAGACUUGGAAACCUCGUCCAGCAAUAUUUGUGACGAAGCCAAGUGUGUCAGCGAGGAAAUCUUUCGCGAGUGGAAGAUCCUCCGGGGCAGAAUACAUGACAAGGAACAUAAUGCGGUUCUCACCAACGCUUUGGCGCACUUGUUCGAACAUAGCCCCCUGGAUGCCCGGCACCUGUUCUUUGACAAGUGCUGGAAGAAAACACAGCAGUACUUUCUGAAGUGCGAUCCGGGGAGCACAACGCCACUCCCCAUUGCUCGCCUCGCCAGGCAGGAUGUGGCAAACAUGGUUGCCGAGGCCAAGGGUGUUGCAACUGUUGGGGGGUACCCGUACACUGAGGCAGGGAUAGAACUAUGUGCCGCUAUCAGAGGCAUGCGGUUCAAGAUGCGGGAAACCAAUACCAUUGAGUCCCUGCGCUACCUGAACAGCAUGCGCCUGGUCUACGAAUUGUUCUUUGACUUACUGGCCCCCUUGCUCUGCCAGAAGAACCUGAACGAUCCGGGCAUGCUGGCAGCUUUCCUUGUGUCUCGUGCUGAAGACCACCCGGCAGCCUUUGCGAGGGCAGACUUUCGACAAAUGUACGUCGGUCUCGCCAAUCGAUGGUUUUCGCCUUUUGCAUGCUUUCUAGGGACAGAAAUGAGUCUCGAUGAGCCUGACUUGACCACCAAUGCCUCUGGCGCCGGGAAAGAAGAUUGGAAAUUAGAGGCUACGCAGCUUAAAGAACACACUCAAACCUAUGGAAGGCUAUUCGAUUUCUCUGCGCAAUACUGGAGAUCUAAUGGUCAUGCGGAGUGGGCACCCAUUGGAGCAAAGUACACAAGGCUGAAAAUGACUCCUGUCACUGGUGGAAACGACACAAAACGUCAAGAGUUCCUAGAGACUGCGGGUGAGGUUGAAAGGCGUCUCAACAAAAAGCUUUGCAAUGCUCGGUCAAGAGAAGCCGCGUCGAAGAUCGAGAGUGACAAAGCCGGGCGCACCUACUCCUUUCUCGAUGGCUUCGCGGUCCUGUCAGCACAAAACUACAUGCUUCACUUCCUCAAUGUUGUUUGCUUCGAUGCCAUAAUGAAAUGGAGUAACCAUGCGGAGCAAUCGCCAGGCCAACUAUCCUGGAUCACUGAAGAUUUGGCACAGUACCGAGAACUUCAGAUGAGAGAACGAUGUACUGGGACGGACAAGCCUUGGGCCGACCUUGGCCUGCAUCUGGGCGAUCCUCGCGGCAUCUCUUCUGAGCAGGCUAGAUACCAGCCUUAUACCAAACCCCACCGCGGAAGUGAUUCAACAGGGGCCAAGCCGUUGGUCAUACCGAGCCUUGAGGCGCAGCGCCUAGAAAGCAUCACCAUGUUCCAGGAACUGAUGAAAGACAGCUCAACAUUCAAAACUAUGUUCAAGAUCGAGCUUGAGCAUCAUCAUGGGUGGAUCCGCGACAAGAAAGAUCAAGUUCUAGAGAACCUUGACAAAGCCUCAAACAUGCCGCAAGCUGUCGUGACGGAAGUGACUUUAGACAUCAUCGAGCGCGUUUUUCGAAGAAGGAUUCUCGAUGUAGAGCUCUUCCAUUUCGUUCACGAGCAAUACAAUCGCUUUACGGAGAGUCCAGCCUCUUUGUCGGCUUCGGACUGGCUCUUCCUUCAGGUCCACGCCCGCGAGUUUGCGAGUCACUACUGGCAUGAUCUUUCUCGUCGCGGUAUUUGGCAUGCUCAUCCCAGAUGGAGGCAGUGUUUCCGCAGGAGCACGAAAUUCAGAAGCAUCGCCAACGGACUGCCCCAGUACCUUCUACCCGUCGGCAUGGAAACGCAAGAUCAGCAAAAGUGGUUCGUGCUCAACGACGAUAGUGCCAACGCAGAUGAGGAGCUCAAACAGCUGUUCAACCUUACUGGUCACCUCAUGCAUCGUUUCGUGACACAAAAGGAAGCAGCGUCAUUUGUUGGACUGGGCAAUCUUCUCGAUACGCUGACGCCUCUGCUUCCCCGGCUGAGGCAACAUGAGUUCAUAUCUGAUUACGUCUUCAAGACCAUUGAAAACCUCAAUAUUUGCGUCCAGAUGGUGAAACAGCUCGACUUACACCGCGACGGCGAGCGGGAUCUUCGACCUUACUUGGACAGCGGGCCUGGCCAGAGCUCUGAGCCACCCCGAUCAGCGCUGCCUCAGGAAGCUGCUGCACCUGUCGUAGCUGAACCCCCACCUGUGCCAGCCGAACCGCUCCCGCCCCUGGCGCCCGACACCUGGCGGAUAUUUGAUAACAUUUUCGGUGGCUAUGAGAACUACAGCAUGUCGCAGUUGGUACAGGCUUUCAAGGCCAUAGGAUGGAGAGUGGAGCAGAGCGAAAAUGGUCUCAAUUUCCUGUGGUCUCCGGAGUGUCGGCUUCCCGCACCCGUCAACAGCAUGGCAAUGCAGAUCCAUCCGUACAAGCACAAGAAGCCGACAGCAAAGGUCCAGUCGGAGGCAUGGAAGUCUGGCAACAGGAACCGGUUCGAAGAGCGCGGUGUCUCCCAGCAAUCUCUCCAGACUCAUUACAGCGGUUGUCCGGGCUGGCAUCGGCCGAAGUAUGAUUUGGAGCCUGCGACAUGA